AUGGGUUUACUGGGAUCUGCAUGCAACUUUACACAAGCAUAUCACAACAUAGAUAUCAGAAAAACAUUGUUCCAUUGCUUAAAAAUAUGUUAGAAUGGGAAAUAUCAAAUGUUUAAAAUAAAAAAAUAAAAACGUUUCACUUAAUGAAAAGGAAUUUAAUAAAAGUCAAAACAGGUUCAACAAAUUCAAAACGGACGGCUAUUAGGUGGUUCUCCAAAAUUUGGUUCUACACUCUUUGAUCUAAUUGAAGUUUUGGUAAGAAAAAGUAGUUCGAUUAAUAAUUGCAUCAGCUGCAGCCAAAGGGAAGGCACGUUUUACCUGUGAAAUAGAGUUAUGUCCCACUUUUGGAUCUCUCUGUAACUCUGCUGAUUAUGAAGUGGUGUGAACUCCCUUGAACACACCUCAGCUGUUUGUUUCCUGUAAGUUUGGCCCGGGAUUACAGGUCUAAGCUCUGGUAGCAUUAACGGACAAGAUGACAGAACGUUACUUAACAUGAGCAGAAUAAUUGUCAUCAUCCAAUUACACCUGAGUGUCGGCUCUCAUAACAUCACAGGAGUUCAUUACUCUGCGCUGUUCUUCAGACUAAUUUCUUAUGUAAAAUGUUGAUUGUCACUGAGAAAGCUCCCCUCUUUUCUUCAGCUUCUCAUCACAUUAGCAGUUAUGCCAUAAAGUAUUUUAUAUUUAUAUUAUUUAAUGGGUGUAAAGCAUUUGUGGAACUUCUGUUUUGCACCCAAAUAAAAAACUAAAAAACAAGAAAACCCUCAUGCUUGAGGUGCACAUACAGUCACUUUCAAAAGUUAAAAUCUAUCAAUAAUAAACUGAGGUUUAUCAAUUGUGUCCCCAGUUAUUAAGGCCAGUUGGGAAUGUAAUGAAGCAUAAUAACAGAACUUUUCUGCUCAGUCAUCAACUUUGUUCAGUUUUUGGAACUCUAUCUCUGUUUGGGAACUUUAUCUGCAGAUGGACACAAAAAAAACUUGAAAGAAGAUGGCUGGAUAAUGGACAAAACAAACUCCAGAUUUAUCAUAAAAUUAUGUCAGAGUCUUUCAUUCACCCUGUAUUUACAUUAUUUUCUCUCUGGUGUGACUCAGUAAGUCAGUGCUUUUAACACUUGGUCCUAUAAUAAGGUUCCCACCUGAACAGUCUGUGGUUCCAACGUGAACUCAGUGCCGAAAAUACACUUGUUUGCUCCAUAUAAAAACCUUCGGUGUGGACAUGUGACUUGAGGCUCAGGCCACCUCUUCACCACCGGGGGCCAUUAUACAUUCCUGACAACAAUUACAUAAAGGCUAAACACUGAGGGUUCAUCUGCUUAUAACAGGGGAUUUUGUUAACUGGAUUAUUGGUAGAUUUAAACUCUGCAUUUAGGUUCAAGAAUUGAAAAUAAAUCAUUGAGCUUGUCCGAGCAUCGUGUAUAAAAGACUGAGACACUGUCUGCUCACCACAGCUCAGACACUGAAAACCUCCUUCUGCUUCACCCUGCACUUCAGGUAGGCGCAUGCUGUGUGGAGGGGAUUUACUCAUCUUUUUACAGUAGACGUGCUUAAGUAGCUUUUUGAUUGAGAUUUGUGCAGCUGUAAAUAAGAAACAGAAUUGUUUUUUUUACAUUUGCUCAAUUUGGGUUUUCCUCUAGAAUGGACAUCCCAAUGUUUGCCGUGGCGGUGUUGAUCCUGGCCUGCAUCGAGCAGAGCCUGGCCUCCUGCGUGGUAGACAGCUUCAUAGUCAAAGAGGACUUCGACCCCGUGAGAUACGCUGGAAAAUGGUACGCUCUGCAGAAGAAAGACCCCGAGGGUUUGUUCCUGCAGGAUAACAUCUCUGCUGAAUACACCGUUGGAGACGAUGGCUCCAUGGUGGCCUCCUCCAAGGGCAGAGUCACUCUCUUUGGGUUCUGGGUUGUGUGCGCGGACAUGGCUGCUCAGUACUCCGUGCCCGAUCCCGGUACCCCCGGCAAGAUGUUCAUGAACUACCAGGGCCUGGCCAGCUACCUGUCCAGUGGCGGUGACAACUACUGGGUCAUUGACACAGACUAUGAAAACUACGCCAUCACUUACGCCUGCCGCACCCAAAAGGAGGAUGGAAGCUGCGAGGACGGCUACUCCCUGGUCUUCUCCCGCAACCCCCGUGGCCUCUCCCCCGCCAUCCAGAGAGUCGUUCGCCAAAAGCAGGAGGAGGUCUGCAUGGCCGGACAGUUCCAGCCUGUGCUGCAGACCGGAGCUUGCUAAAUUGGACCUAAGCUGGAGUUUAUUGAACAGCCAUGGAUUGAUCAUCCUGCCCAAGAUAGAGACAGAGUUCCUCUCAGAGAUGGAGAGAGGAGAAUAAUCCUGUUCUAAUUAGGAUUUGCUAUGUUCCAACGGCACAGAAGAGAACGAUCAGAUCAAUUCAAUACUAAUUCUUCCAUAAACAAAAAUAAAUUUCCAAAUGUAAUCCAAUGAAAACAAGGAGGGUUUGAGUGAAUGUGACAAAUCAACCGUGAUGCACUGUAAUCCAUCUGUAUUGGUGACAAUAAAUUUUGUACAAAAACUUGCUGUUGCAAAAACAACUUUGUUUAAUAAUUGACAAUGAUGAUCCAACUUUUACUUAUUAACAUAUAACAUAUAAAAAUCUGUGAUAUUUCAAGUAUAUAAAAUAUAAUAUAAAAUACAGAUAUGUAAAGAAGAGGAAUGUAACUAUUCGAUUUUUUGUUCCGUUGGUAACAGUGUAAUCAGAUUACUCAUCUCAUUGUCUAGUGACAUUUUAAUAUAUCUAUUUUGAUAACAGUGGAGACACAAGUGACCCUGUGUAGAAAGU